AUGUCCAAAAUCAUCCUCUCCAUAAACGCCGGAUCCUCCUCCGUCAAAAUCUCCAUCUUCUCCGCCUCGCAAGGCGACCCCUCCCCCAAACCUCUCGCCGAAGCCCAAAUCUCCGGUCUCACCUCCCCACCCCCAACUCUCAAAUACUCUCGCGGCGGAAAGUCCAUAACCAAGAACCAAAAACUAGAUUCCAACAUCACCGACCAAAACUCCGCAUUCCAAUACAUUCUCACCCACCUAAUCAACGACUCCUCCUUCCCCCAGAUCUCCCAACUCACCGACAUCUCCCUCGCCAGCCACCGCGUCGUGCACGGCGGAGACUACCAAACCAGCCAACUCAUCACCCGGGAAACCCUCCACCAUCUCGAAACCCUCACCGAUCUCGCUCCUCUGCACAACGCCUCCGCACUCUCCAUCAUCCAACACUGCAUUACCCAUCUGCCCUCGACCCGCAACAUCGCAGUCUUCGACUCGCAAUUCCACGCGACGAUUCCAGAACACAUUAGUACGUAUCCGAUUGAUCAGGAAAUCGCAAAGAAGAACGGAUUGAGAAAAUAUGGAUUCCACGGGAUUUCCUAUGCGUUUAUCACGCGCAGUGUAGCGGAGUUUUUGGGGAAGAAGGAAGAGGAGACGAAUAUUAUUGCGUUGCAUUUGGGGAGUGGAGCGAGCGCGUGCGUGGUCAAGAAUGGAAAGAGUUGGGAUACGAGUAUGGGGUUGACGCCGUUGGCGGGAUUGCCGGGGGCGACGAGGAGUGGGAGUUUGGAUCCGAGUCUCGUCUUCCACUAUGCCACCAACGUCGGCAAGCUCUCCCCCAACUCCACCUCCUCCCUGCACAUUUCCCGCGCCGAAGAAAUCCUCAACAAAGAAUCCGGCUGGAAAUCCCUCACGGGCACCACCGAUUUCGGCACCAUUACAUCCUCCUCCUCCUCCGAUCCUACCAUGAAACUCGCAUUCGAUAUCUUCGUCGAUCGGAUCCUCUCCUAUAUCGGACAUUAUUACAUAUCUCUGCAUGGCAAUAUCGACGCGGGGAUUGGAGAGAAGAGUGAGGUUUUGAGAGAGAGGGUGGGUGAGGAAAUUAGGUGCUUGGGGUUUGAGAUUGAUGGGGAGAGGAAUGCAAGGGAGAUAGAGGGGACGGUGCAGGAGAUUGGGAAGGAGGGUGCGAAGCAUCGUAUGUUGGUGUGUAAGACAGAUGAACAAUUUGAGAUGGCGAGGCAUUGUGUGGUUGAUGAGGGACUUUUUGGGGAAUGA